GGCCAUUUGAGGGAAAACAAGGAGACAUUAGCAGAGUCCGGGGAGAGGCUGACCUGGGCUGGUGGUGUGGGCGAAACCAGCAUGUGUGUGAAGCUUGGGUAUGAGUGAGGUUACUCUGAAAGGAGAUAAGAGGAGCAGUCCUAUGUGAAGGGCAGGCCAAGGAGGAGAAGGAGAGAGAAACCAGAAACUGCGAGGAGAGGCACUCAGCCGUAUGGCAUGUACCAAAGAGGCCAAGUAAGAUAAGGACAGAGACAGGAAUGGGGUCCUGCGGUACAGCAGGUGCUUGGUGAGCCCUCAGAGGCUGUGUUAGUGGAGGAGAUUUAGCUGGAUAGCAAACCGGGGUGGGGGGGGCCUGCGGAGGGACUGGCACAGAGCAAGUGGAGAUGGUGUAGCAUCAGGCUGGAAAGAUGGACGCUUUGGUGCCUGUUGCCUGGCAGAAGAAGAGACGCCAGUGGGAGCGAGAGGCCCAGUGUGUGAAGAAACGGGGCUCAUUAAUGCCACAAAGUCCUGGGAGAGACUAGAAACACAGAACUCAUAGGAAUACUGGUUGGCAGAACAGCAGGACACCUCUUGGGGAGAGGGAGUCGAUGUGGAUACAGACUUGCUGAAAUAUGCACAUCUUACUUGGUUCUACCUGUUGUCUUAUCAGACUACCCUUUGGUACUUCAGAAGUUAUUGGAUCGUGGUUGUAAACUCCAGUUUUUAAUGACCUGACUUAGUUCCCCCCACCCUCUGCCUCCAAUUCCAGUUAUAACUGGCUCCUUUGGUGGAAUUUGAGAUGCACUCUCUUCUCUGUUAAGCAAAUACCUCAGAUUACAAACAUUUCAGUUUCAGCCUACAGUGUCCUCAACAACAUUCCAGUAUUUAAAAUUUCUGGCUAUACUUUUCCCUUCUCCGAGGUAUGAAGAAAACAUGAAGCACCACCAGUUACAUCCAGUGAUCAAGGCUUUCCUGUGUGGCUCCAUCAGUGGGACCUGCUCUACCCUCCUUUUCCAACCUCUGGAUCUCCUUAAAACACGCCUGCAAACCCUCCAGCCCUCAGAUCAUGGGUCUAGACGUGUUGGGAUGUUGGCUGUACUCUUGAAGGUGGUUCGCACGGAGAGUCUUUUGGGCCUUUGGAGAGGGAUGUCCCCUUCCAUUGUGAGAUGUGUCCCUGGCGUUGGAAUCUACUUUGGCACCCUCUACUCUUUGAAGCAGUAUUUCUUGCGAGGCCAUCCCCCAACCGCCCUGGAGUCGAUCAUGCUGGGGGUGGGCUCUCGCUCUGUUGCAGGGGUCUGUAUGUCACCUAUCACGGUAAUCAAGACGCGCUAUGAGAGUGGGAAAUAUGGCUAUGAGAGUAUCUACGCUGCCCUGAGGAGCAUCUAUCGCAGCGAGGGGCACCGGGGCCUCUUCAGUGGCCUGACAGCAACUCUCCUUCGAGAUGCGCCCUUUUCAGGAAUCUACCUGAUGUUUUACAACCAGACCAAAAACAUAGUGCCCCAUGACCAGGUGGAUGCAACCCUUAUUCCUAUUACAAAUUUCAGCUGUGGGAUAUUUGCUGGUAUUCUGGCCUCACUGGUAACUCAACCUGCAGAUGUUAUCAAAACUCAUAUGCAGCUUUACCCACUGAAGUUUCAAUGGAUUGGUCAAGCAGUGACACUUAUUUUCAAAGACUAUGGACUACGUGGCUUCUUCCAAGGUGGCAUCCCCCGAGCCCUCCGCAGAACUCUAAUGGCAGCAAUGGCGUGGACGGUGUAUGAAGAGAUGAUGGCCAAGAUGGGCCUGAAGUCCUGACCAAGAGAGGACUGGGAAAGGGUGAAAUCUACUGCCCUGCUUGGUUUCUGCCAAGGGCUGCUGCUGCUGCUUACUAUUCUGCAGUAAGAUGAAGUCCUACCUGGAAAGCCAGGCAGAAAUUGUGUUGCCUUUGCCUUCGGUAAUCCCUUUAAGGAGAAAAUAUAUGGACCUGAUUUGAGCCUUCAGAAUCUCCAAAAGAGGAGUCACCAAUACAUAGAGCACACUGGGGUGUUAGGAGAGAGCUUUGCAUACCCUGAGAGGCUACUUGGAAAGGCAUUUUCCCAGGAGAGCUCUGUCAGGUGGUGGCUGCGCUUCAGCCCCGCACCUACACCACAGUGUCUCCUUGGGUGUGUUCUUGGGCUAGGAAUCGCAAAGCCAGAGAAGCUGUAAGCUGCCUGCCGGGCCUGAGGAGCUCCAGCCAGGGAAGAUUGGAUGUGAGGAGAGGAGUCACUGUCACCAGGUCACAGAAUGACUGAGGUGAUGGUAGGAUGAGAGGAACAGAUGCCCUUCUUUAAUUGGUUCUUAAUCAACUUCUCAGAGGCUCUGGAGAAUGGGACGGUGGCUUUCUAGCCUCUGAAUGUCCAAAUAAAAUUUUCUGGUCGUGGCCCCUGUACUGUUUUACCUCUAAAAUCUGGCAUUUUUUUUUCCCUGCAAUUAAAGUGUUUUACUUUAUUUAUUGAACUUUAUCAUUGAAAGCUGUUUGGAAAACCUAAAAGGUGUUGUCACAGUUCUUUUUUCUUUACCUGUGCCUUGUAAAAAUGGACCAAACCCUUUUCUAAAAUAAAA